AUGGAUUCUGAACCUUCGAUAUCUAUAUUAUACGCCCGUGACAAGAAGAGUGAUAAAGUAACAAAUGAAUGCCUAACAGAAAUGUACCCAAGGAACCUCUACAAGUACCCUUUACAUAUAGAUAGGAAUGACAUACCGUGUAUAAUACAUUGUGUAUUGAAGAAGUUCGGAAUAAUGACCAACGACGGCUUUAUAAAUAUUAGUAAUUAUUACAAGAGGGUACAAUCUAUACAUAGGUAUGAUCCUAGAAUUCUUAUAUCUGACGUGGGGGACACUUGCGCACAAAAUAUAAACGGCAUGAAUUUGGACCACGACGUUUGUACAAUUCUGCUUCUGCUUCUAACGGCAUUCUCGGCUAACGCCCGGAUCGCAGUAAUGUAUGCCCACGACAAACUGAGUGAUAUAGUCGCGGAGCAGUGUUUCAACGAGAUGUUCCCUAAGAAACACGUAAUUGUCCAAGAGUCUGACGAACCCUGUAUCAUAUUCUGCGUGCUAAAGAAGCUCGGUAUUAUGACGCCUAAUGGUGCUAUUAACUUGGAUAUAUACAGAAAACGAGUACAAGUAGCUCAUCAGUUGGAUCAACGUAGCCUGGUUAGUGACUUUGGCAGUUCUUGUGUUGAGAGCGCAGAGGCUACACAGCACAAGCAAGAUGUAUGCAAAAAGGCAAAAGUUUUCAACGACUGCACGCAUUUAUAUAGGAUCCUCUUAAAGUAG